AGUUUUUCUAUAAAUUCAGAAUCCUGCAUCCCUAAAUUCAUCACUACUCAAAUAACUUUAUAGUUAUUGAUAGACAAACAAAAACAAAAAGGCUUAGAGAAAUUAAAUUAAGAGAGAUGGAAGCUACUCACUAUAUCCAUAGCCAUUUUCUUACUGUUUUUCUUAUUUUAGUUGCCUUGAUCACGUCUUCUAAUUACUUGGACCCAGUUUCAGCGGCAAGGCCAGCUUCGGGAGAAACAAAUACGGAGUUUAUAAAAACAUCUUGUAAGUCUACAACUUAUCCAAACCUUUGUUUCAGUUCAUUAUCAAGACGUUCAACUGCUAUUGGAGUUUCCCCUCAACUUCUAGCCAAUGAAUCCCUCACUAUCUGUCUCGAAACAGCCCAAUCAACAUCCGCUAUGAUGUUGAAGUUGGCGCAUGGCCAAGGCAUGACCUCGAGAGAGGUCGGUGCCAUGCGCGACUGCGUCGAGGAAUUAAGUGACGCAGUCGAUGAAUUGAGGAAAUCUUUGGGGGAAAUGAAGGAGCUAAAGGGAAAAGAUUUUGACCUUAAAAUGAAUGAUAUACAAACUUGGGUUAGUGCUGCCUUGACGGAUGAGGAUACAUGCACUGAGGGGUUUGGGGGAAAAGUCAUGAAUGGGAAAGUUAAGACUGUUGUGAGGGGAAAGAUUCUUGAAGUUGCACAUUUGACGAGUAAUUCCUUGGCUUUGAUCAAUAGCCUUGCUGCUCUUCACGGCUAAAGUUAAACGACAAUUUUAUAUAUAUAUACUAUACGGCGUUAAUCUUUUUUAUAGAAAAAAUGUACUUAUCAGUCCAUGCUUAGUUGAUUGCUGUAAUAGAUAAGAUAUCUGUUUCAGAUGAAUUUCUUAAAUGAAAAUGUUCCAUGCAUAUGCAUAUCUGUAAAAAGUUACUCCAAUUUCCUGAAUGAUACACGGUGCAUCAAGAGUA